GGGCAGUCUUCAGAAGCAAAACAAGCAGAGAGUGAAGGGUCUCCAAGACUGGAAAGAAAAAAAACGUGUAAAGAAAUCAAGAGGAGCAAAAAUCCAUUACAGAAAAAGACCUGUGGCUAAGAGGAAACAAUCGUUUUGAAGCAAAGUGGAACCGGUUUCCCAUCCGAUUAAUCAUGGCCACCAAGGAAAUCAUGCCCACUCCCCUGUGCCUAAUUGAGAACUCCACUAAUGGCCAGCUGGUGGUGAAUCAGAAGGCAUUGGAGAUCCUGUCCGGCAUUUCCCAGCCGGUGGUGGUGGUGACCAUCGUGGGCCCUUAUCGCACUGGGAAAUCCUAUCUGAUGAACAAGCUGGCGGGACAGAAGAAGGGCUUCUCUCUGGGCUCCACAGUGCGGUCUCACACCAAGGGAAUCUGGAUGUGGUGUGUUCCUCAUUCCACAAAGAAAGACCUCACUCUGGUUCUGCUGGACACUGAGGGGCUAGGAGAUGUGGAGAAGGGGAAUCCCAAGAAUGACACCUGGAUCUUUGUAUUGGCUGUUCUCCUGAGCAGCACACUUGUGUACAACAGCAUGGGCACGAUCAAUCAGCAGGCCAUGGACCAGCUUCACUAUGUGUCAGAGCUGACAGAACACAUCAGGACCAGAGCUAGCCCCAAUCUAGAUGGUGUAGACGGCUCAGCGGAAUUCGUGAGCUUCUUCCCAGACUUUGUGUGGACUGUGCGCGAUUUCACCUUGGAGCUGAAACUGGACGGUUACCCCAUCACUGAAGACCAGUACCUGGAGAACGCCCUACAACGAAAGAGAGAGACUGAAGAGAAAACCGAAGUGCUUCAUCUGCCCCAGAGCUGCAUCGUGAAGUACUUUCCAACCAAGAAGUGCUUUGUCUUUCCCCAACCGACAACCAGGAAAAAUCUCCCUAAGCUUGAGGAGCUCCAGGAAAAUGAACUGGAACCUGAGUUUGUGGAACAGGCAGAGCACUUCAGUUCCUACAUCUUCCAAAAUGCCAAGGCCAAGACGAUUCAGGGGGGCGUAGUAAUCAACGGCACUCGGCUGAAAAUCCUAGUGGAGAACUACGUAGAGGUCAUCUCCAGUGGCAAUGUGCCCUGCAUGGAGAAUGUAGUGUUGGCACUGGCAGAGAUUGAGAACUCGGCUGCAGUUCAGAAGGCCAUAGCCUGCUAUGAGAAGUUGAUGCGUCAACUGAAGUUACCCACAAACAACCUACAGGAGCUGCUGAACUGUGAUGCGGACAGUACGAUGGAAGCCAUUGAGGUCUUCAGGCAGUUUUCCUUCAAGGAUGAAGGUCAAAGGUUCCAGAAGGAGUUAGGGAAAGAGCUGUUAGAAAGGAAGGAAGAAUUCUACGAGAAGAAUGAGAAAAUGUCAGCUGACCAUUGCUGGGCCUUGAUUCAGGAUAUUUUCCAACCUCUGGAGGAGGAGACAAAGAAAGGGACCUUUUCCAAAUCAGGAGGAUACAAACUCUUCGUUGAGAUGAAACAAAAACUGAAGAAGAAAUAUAAUGAGGAGUCAAACAAAGGGCUGCAGGCAGAGGAGAUACUUCUAAAAUAUUUGCAGUCCAAGGAAGACAUAGAGGAAACAAUAUUUCAAACAGAUAUGUCGCUCUUAGAAAAGGAGAAGGAGAUUGCAGUGGAAAGGGCAAAGGCUGAGGCUGUAGAGCAGGCAGACAAGCAGCUCCAGGAACUACAGGAGCUGAAUCGGCAAAUGCUGGAGCAGAUGGAGAAAAGUCACCAGGAACAUGUGAAACAACUGACCCAGAAGAUGAAAGAGGAGAGGCAGCAAAUGAUGGCAGAACAAGAGGAGACCUUAAAUUUGAAACUCAAGGACCAGGAAAAAUUAAUUCAGAAAGAGUUCCAAAAUGAAAGAAAGCAACUAGAGGAUCAGAUUCAGAGCCUUCAGGAGCAGGUCGAUAGUAGUCGCAAGUCCUGUGUCAUACUCUGAAGAUCUUUUUCAUCUUUUUUCAACCAGUUCUACAGAGAAAUUCCAAAGGAAAACUUGUAACACUCAAAAUAAGAAUAAUCAGUAUAUACUAGGACACGCCAACCAUGCAUCAUAAUUACAUUUUUCAAUGCAGAUACCAGCAUCUUCCCAAUCUUCUAUCUUACUUCUAUCUUACUAUCUUCCCAAUAGUAAGCCAAUUAUAUUUACUGAACACUUACUGUGGGCCAGUCACUUCACUUCUCUAUGUCUCAGUUCCCUCAUCUUUAAC